AUGCCAAGCGACGAUCGUUUUGCCGAUGCUGUCAAACCAGCUCUAGAAGCACUUCUCUCUGACCUCCAACAUACAACAGAAGUUCUCCGUCGAGCUCAUAUCAGUGAUCGUCGUUCACAAAGUCGUGAUGAUUUCGAUCAAACCUAUGAUCUCCAGAGAACUCUUGAUACUCAAAGUAACGGAAAUGUGUCAAUUUACAAAAGAAGAGCUUCAGAAGGCAGAGAAUAUUCGAAAAGUCCCGAAAGAAUCUAUGAAAAUGGACCAGAACCUAACCUCCCCGUCUAUUCACGUCGUUCUUCUCGUCCAAGUGUUCAAAGUCUUUUGUCUCAAGUUGAGGAACCAAUUCGUGCUGCCAGUUCCCGCAAGAGUCUCGGACCACCAUCUCAAGCACACUCCUAUUCCGAUGUUAGAUCGAACGGGCGGUCUCCAUCUCGAGACCCAUUGCAUUCGGAUUCAAUGAUCGGAACAAUGAAUGGAGAAUUGAGUUCAAAGCAUGGAGUGAAUACAAUUCCAAAGGGAGAUUGUGCUGCUUGUGGGAAACCAAUUAUCGGACAAGUCGUGAUCGCCCUCGGAAAAAUGUGGCAUCCAGAGCAUUACACUUGCUGUGAAUGUGGAACUGAACUCGGCCAACGUCCGUUUUUCGAGAGAAACGGACGUGCUUUCUGCGAGGAAGACUACCAUAAUCAAUUCAGUCCAAAGUGUCAAGGAUGUCAUCGUGCUAUUACUGAUAGAUGUGUGAAUGUGAUGAACAAGAACUUCCAUAUUGAGUGUUUCACUUGUGCUGAAUGCAACCAACCGUUCGGGGAGGACGGAUUCCAUGAGAAGAACGGACAUACCUAUUGCAAACGUGAUUUCUUCCGCCUGUUCGCCCCGAAAUGCAAUGGAUGCACUAAACCAAUCACUUCCAAUUUCAUCACUGCUCUCGGAACUCAUUGGCAUCCGGAUUGCUUUGUUUGUCAGCAUUGCGAAGCCAAUUUCAACGGUGGAAACUUCUUCGAACACAACGGAACUCCCCUCUGUGAGAGACAUUAUCAUGAAGUUCGUGGAUCGAUUUGUUCUCAAUGUCGUGGAGCAAUUAAUGGACGAUGUGUGGCAGCAAUGGGAAGGAAAUUUCAUCCGGAACAUUUCAGAUGCUCGUAUUGUAAUAAUCAAUUGACAAAGGGAACAUUCAAAGAAGUUGAUCAUCGUCCAUUCUGUCAUAAGUGUUAUAAUAAUACGUAUGCAUUGACUCCAGCCUAA